UGUGUAUGAGUGUGUGAGUGUAUGAGUCUAUGAGUGUAUGUGUGUGAGUGUGUAAAGUCUGUGUGGGCUACCCGGGGGAGCUUUGACUGUGUUCUCUAUAAGAAGAAGCUGCAAGCCUCUCCGCUCAAAUCUCAAGCUGCCUCCAAAGCCGGCAUGGAGUACUUCGAUUUCCCCAAGGAGCACUACCACUUUGUGGGCACCACCAUCACCAUCACGGAGUUCAUGAGCCCUGUGGCAGAGGCCUCCGUGGCCUGGGAGAGCGGCGUGCGUCUGGCGCGCUUCCUGGAGGCCAAUCAGCAGCGCUACCCAAUGGCGGGGCGCUCCGUGCUGGAGCUGGGGGCGGGCACGGGGCUCGUGUCCAUCGUGUGCAGCCUCCUGGGCGCCGACGUCACGGCGACGGACCUCAAGGAGGUGCUGGGCUCCCUCUCGACGAACAUCGCCAACAACACGCGGAGCGGCGAUGGACGCCCCCGGGUGCGCGAGCUCACCUGGGGCCUCGGCCUCUCGGCCUUCGACGGCACCGCCUACGACUACGUCGUGGCCAGCGACCUCGUCUACAGGGAGGCCUCGCUGGGGCCACUCGCCCUCACGCUGCGACACUUCCUGGAGGGGGCCCGCGGUGGUGGUGGAGGUGGAGCCGGUGGAGGUGGAGCCGGUGGUGGUGGAGCCGGUGGUGGAGCCAGAGCCGGAGGAGCCACGGCGUUCUUCGCGCUCAAGCUGCGCUUCGGCUUCUGCGGGGAGUUCCUGCGCCGCCUCUGCCGGACGUUCCGCGUCCGCGCCCUCGCCGAGUGGCCCGAGGAGCGGAUGCUGCUGUGGGAGCUGUCGGGACUGUGA